AUGCCCAAGAAACUCAUGAAAGCAAUGUUGAGAGAAAUGGCUGAUGAAAUAAAAGACCAGAUCUUCAAAGAGCUAAAUGAAUUUCAAGAGAAAAUGAUUGUCUUGGGUACCAAUAGCUCAAAAGAAAAGAAAAUUUAUGUUUCCAUCCCUACAGGUGACUAUGAGUUGGAUGUCUCUCCCUAUGAUGACACAGUGACCGGCAAGCCCUGGAAGAUGAAUCUCAGCAAGCUGAAAAUGCUCAAACCAGACUCCGAUCUCUGCCUCAAGUUCACUACUCUGUGUAUUCUUAAUGACAAGUGUGACCGGCUGCGCAAGGCCUAUGGGAUGGCAUGCUCUGGACCCCACUGCCAGCGCCACAUCUGUCUAGCACAGCUGCGCAACUUCUUCGAGAAAGCUGCAGAGUCCCAUGCGCAGGGCCUGCUGCUGUGCCCUUGUGCACCAACUGACAAGAGCUGUGGGGAACGCAGGCGCAACACCAUUGCCCCCAGCUGCGCCCUGCCAUCAGAGCCCCCCAACUGCCUGGAACUGCAGAGCCGCUGCCUCACUGAUGCACUGUGCAGAUCACGCCUGAUGGAUUUCCAGACCCAUUGUCAUCCUUUGGACAUUCUAGGGACUUGUGCAACGGAGCAGUCCAGAUGUCUGCGAGCCUACUUGGGGCUCAUUGGCACCACCAUGACCCCCAACUUUAUCAGCAACUUCAACACUAGUGUAGCCUUAAGCUGUACUUGCCGAGGCAGUGGCAACCUGCAGGAAGAGUGUGAACAGCUGGAAAGGUCCUUCUCCCACAAUUCCUGCCUUCGGAAAGCCAUUGCGACUAAGAUGCAUUUUCAUAGCCAGCUGUUCUCCCAGGACUGGGCACCUCCUACCUUUUCUGUGGUGCAGUACCAGAUGGAAAACCUUGCUCUGAGGACACAGGCCAGGGUGCCCUGGCUUUUCUCCUGCACACUUACCCUGGUUCUGCUUCAGAGCCUUUGGUAGCUGGACUUUCUUGAGGUCCUUCUUCCUCUCCACCCCAUCCAGUCUGACCUGCAGCCUGUGAGGGGUGAGAAAAGGACAGCCUCCAGAGAGAGGUACAGUGUACAGCCCGUUACCCCUGACUUCCCCUUGGCGACUGCAAUUGGAUCAAAUGACACCACAGUAGAAGCCAGAGGCUACGGCUUUCCGAUCCUGAUUGGCCAGUUUGAAUUUGCUCUUUCUUUACUCUGCUUUUGACUCAGGCUGCCCCUUCUUGGUGACCACAUUUUAGCCAUAUCUUCUAGUGGUGACCAGCUCUCUCUUGAUCCGUUCUUCCUUUCCACUAGUAUCAUUUAGAGUCUAAAAAACCAGCCUAUUGCAUUCUCCAGAUAGGCAGAGCUAGAUGUAAUGGGAAAGACUAUAAAGACAUUCCCUUUGUGAAGAAAGCUGGGGCAAGAAUCCUGCUCCACUCAUCUAGUCCUCUGAAUAAAGAUAAAAAGGAGCCUGUUGCCUGCAGUCCUCUGCCCUGGGGUCCUGGGGAAUAAGUGGACAUAAAAAGUUGA